UCAACUUCCAGUAGACAGGGGAACAGCUAGUACGCUCAACUGAAAUGAUACUGUUCUGCAACUCAUUAUGUGCCGUACAGCCUCUUUCCACCAGGAGCAGCGCCUCUCUCGAAGAUUAAAAACAAUAAAUGAUCAAGGCCUACCACUGAACAACGCCUACAACGGGAAGCUAUUUGAAUCCAAGAAAAUGGUGUCUGUAUCUGUGAUUGCCAUGGCAGUUGGGACUGGUACGGCGGCAGUGCUCAUUGCCCCUGUUGCUUUGGGAGCGAUGGGAUUCGGUGCUGCUGGGGUUGCAGCUGGAUCAACCGCAGCAGGCAUGAUGUCUUCUGCAGCCGUGGCCAAUGGAGGUGGGGUAGCAGCAGGGAGUCUUGUUGCUGCUCUACAGUCAGCAGGAGCUGCAGGACUCACCGGUGUGGCCACAGCUGUUGUGGGAAGUGUCGGCGCGGCAGCCGGUGGAGCGGUGGGAUGGGUGUCCUCUAAGUUUAGGGGGUGACCUCAAUAUUCAGCCGUAUUGACGCUGGGGUCUCAUCCUCGCUAUGAUUACAUUGAUAAUAAAUUUGAUUAUACUUCAAA